AAAAUUGUUGAAUGCUGAGAAGAAUAGGGAUGUGAGGGAAGAAAUUGAUAGCCAGCAUAGGAAGAGGUGAGAAAGAGAGAGACCAUAGUCUAUCGCCAGAAAGGAGGCUGCGACCGAGAGAGCAACUGCACACACUGUACCUCUCACCGGUUCUUCCACUUCUAACUUCUUAGAUCGUCUUCUUCCUCGUCAAACGUCUACGGUUCCUCUUUCCUCUUCGGCGAUUGUCAGAGCAUAAGAGAGCUUGUUUCAUGGAACAGUACGAGAAGGUUGAGAAGAUAGGUGAAGGAACCUACGGCGUCGUUUAUAAGGCUCGUGACCGCGUCACCAACGAGACCAUCGCAUUGAAGAAGAUUCGCCUGGAGCAGGAGGAUGAGGGGGUUCCCAGCACCGCCAUUCGAGAGAUUUCUCUCUUGAAAGAAAUGCAGCACCGCAACAUUGUUAGGUUGCAGGAUGUAGUACACAGUGAGAAGCGUUUGUAUCUGGUUUUUGAGUACCUUGACUUAGAUCUAAAGAAGCACAUGGAUUCAUCACCAGAAUUUGCAAAAGACCUACGACAAGUAAAAAUGUUCCUUUACCAAAUUCUCUGUGGGAUUGCUUACUGUCAUUCACAUAGAGUUCUUCAUAGAGAUUUAAAACCACAGAAUUUGUUGAUAGAUCGCAGCACUAAUUCACUGAAGCUUGCUGAUUUUGGACUGGCAAGGGCAUUUGGAAUUCCUGUUAGAACAUUUACACAUGAGGUAGUAACACUGUGGUACAGAGCUCCGGAAAUUUUGCUUGGAUCCCCUCGUUAUUCUACACCAGUUGAUAUUUGGUCAGUGGGAUGCAUAUUUGCAGAGAUGGUAAAUCAACGACCUCUCUUCCCUGGGGACUCUGAGAUUGAUGAAUUGUUUAAAAUAUUCAGGUGAAUAGCCUUCUUUCUGUAAUUUCUAUUGUUCUGUGGAAAUCAUUAUUUUUUAAUGCAAAGUGAAUGUUGAUGGAAAAUCCCAACCUAGCACUAUGUGGUCAACGUUGGAAGAUAUACAA